CUAUGCGGGGGGUAGGGGGUCGGAACCACGGACGUCACUUUCCAAUAAGCUGCACUUCUUUGGAGCAGCUGUACUUAUUCAGCUUCGUCACUGAAGUAGAGAGCUCUAAAGUCAGCUUUAAGUUUUAUUGAAACGAAUGCACGCAAUUCCUCACUUUUCCGUCUAGUAUCGUAAAAUGAAGUGCGUCGCAGCAGAUUUUAGAUUUAAAUAUGUAAUAUUAUCUCUCUCUCUAACUUUCUCCUUCAUCCAUGGAACUCCGUCAAGAUAUGGUUUGUUUCAAGGUGCUGCUUAUUCUGGGUCGGGACAUAAACACGGGAAUAAAAACUAUUGUGCGUAUGUCGUGCAUAAGAACGUGACUUGUGCUGUCCUGGGGGAUAUGGAGACGUUCGUGGAGCGCGAGAUCGCGCCUUGCCCGGCGUAUCAGCCACACUGCCCUCCGCAAGUGAGGUAUCGGAUGCAGUACCGGUCCAUGUACAAGAUCGGCUACAAGAUGGUGACAGAGCUGGAGUGGAGGUGCUGCCCAGGAUACCGGGGCCCAGACUGCAAAGAGCUGAAAGAUGGUGCCCCCAGGCAGGUGUUGUGGGAACCUCAGCCUACUCCACACACUCCAGGACCAGUGGACCACAAACCGAGGCCUGAGUUACAAGGAACAGCGAACCCCAGCCAGCAGCAAUAUAAUGGUGAGAGAGGGGACACUGUGAGCUACCUUGAGGAUGAGGUACAACGCCUCUCACAGACGGUGCUCGACAUGCAGGCUGCUAUGACGGGUAUGAGCGAGAACCUCCGGGUGAACUUCCAGGAGGAUGCCAGCAAGAUGCUCAUGGCUCUCCGGAGUGAGCUACGUAUGCCUAAUGCGGCAUUGGCUGGAACCACUGAGACCAUACAGCUGCCAGACCCCAGGGCAGGUGUUGAGGCUGGGGAAAUAGAGGAGGUGAAGGCAAAGCUCACUGACGUAACCGAUGCCCUGAGGAGCAAGAGCAAUGCUCUGGAUGAGCUCCGUGGCACAGUGGAGGCCCACGACAGUCAGAUCCGGCUCCUCAUGGAGGUCAACCGGGGAUCCAUGGAUCAUGCUGCCAUCCCAACCCCAGCACCUUCAACACCAUCUGAGGAUACCCUCCAAACAUAUGUUGACCAAAAGAUCAAGGACCUGAAGGAGGAGCUGAUGGAGGGCAUUGAGAUCAAGAUGGCUGACCUUAAAGGGUCCUGCGAGUACAAGAUGAUGUCGGUACAAGAGCAUUGUGAGGAGCGUGAGGCUAACUACGUCAGCCUUACCGAGCUCAUGGAAUCCACGGAGGCUGACCUAAGGCAGGAGAUUGAAAAUCUCCGCCUCGAACUUAGUGAGCUCAGGACCAAUGGGCAAGCUGCAGCCACUGAGUGGCCAACAGGUAUGAAGGAUCUUCAGAAGAAGAUGGAGCACAUUGCAGAGGCUCACCACGCCCUCAACGCUCGGUUGCAUGGUGAGAUAGAGUUACUCUCUGUGCCACAAAUUGAAAAUGCUCUCAGUGCCCGUCUGGAGGACCUGGAGUCUCGGAUCAACAUCAGCGAGAGAAACUCAGAGAUGCACUACUUUUCCAUAGAGAAGAAGCUGACACAAAUCAUUCAAGAGCGCACAGCAGAACUUCGGGACUUGACAAUCAAAGAUCUUAGGUCAAUGGGAGACCAGUUAAUGACCAUGAAAAUGGGAAUGAAUGACUCUUUCAUCGUUGGGAAUUGCAGUGAAAGAUUUGAAAAUUUAGAGAAUGAAGUGAGCUCCAGCAAGCAGCUCAUCCAGCAUCUUGAAAAUAACUUGAAUGUAAUGAGUAAUUCAUGUCCUAUAGAGUGCAAAUCAGAUGUGUAUGACAAAAUCAUCCAGGAUCUUAGCAUCUUUAGGCUCAAGAUGAUGCAAUCUGAAGUAAACAGUAAUUCUGAGAAGAUGAGAGAUCUUGAGCACCUAGUUCAGGAACUGCUUGGCAGUCCAAACAGCCGGAAUAUUUCAACCUUGCUGAACAUGGUUGACUCUGCGAAGACUGAUAUAGGGACUCUAAGAGAUUUAGUUUCUGGCUUGGGUGAUUCACUGAAUGAUUACUCAAAUGACCUGCAACAAAUUAACUCUACCUGUAGGAAGAUGGGGGUGGAAGAGGCACAGGAGCUGGUGGACAGGAGAUUGUCCCAGGCAGCCAUCAAUGAGAGCCAGUUAGAAGAGCUUGGGUACCGGCUGAAGCUGCUUGCCAGCCAGGUCGGGGUGGAACUUAACCAAUGCAAGGACACCGCUGAAGGGAUCCGAAAAGAGGUGAUUGGUGUGGACAGCCGAGUAUCUGGUAUGGAAGCUGUGUGUGGCAAGCUGGAUGGUGUCAGCAACAGCCUGCAGAGAAUCAAGGAUGGACUGAACAAGCAUGUGACUGCCCUAUGGACCUGCAUACAUCAGUUUAACAGCACCCUGAGGUUCCAUUCAAGGGAUAUUAAUGGGCUCAAGGGCUCUCUUCAGAACUUCCAAGAACAGCUCUCUGGGAUUGCCAAGGAGAUGCAAGACCUUGGGACCAGAGCACUCAUUGGCUCAGUUGAGGUGGGAGCGGAGACCUCCAGCCCUGCUCCGGACAUAAAGACCAGCAGGUCACAUGACCCCGCCACGCCCCUUGGCCGCCUCCCACCCCUGACCCCUCCUCCAGACUCUUCACUUCUCCCGGCUGUCCCCCAGCAGCCCGUACUGGAGACGGGCGAGGCCGGGCCCCCAGGCACUAUGCACCGGGCAACCAGCAAACUCCCCCAGAGUAUCGGCAGCAUGACUCCUAUCAUGGGCUUUGCCGGGGCACCAGGUUACCCUCCUCUCGUGUCUGUGGCUAAGCCUAAUGUCUCUCCAGCUGUCCACUUACCACCGCAGACGGCGACUCCUGGAGCGGCUGCCACUCCAGGCACCAGUGUGGGGGAGGGACCCUUCUCCUUCUCUGCCGGCUUCGCCCUAGUGACCCCCCUCAAUGGGACUGGCGUUAUCCGUUUCAACAAGGUGCUGGUUAACGACGGAGGGUACUACGACCCCCUCACAGGGAUCUUCACUGUGCCAGUGGAUGGGCGAUACCUGCUGACCGCCGUGCUGACGGCAGUGCAGGGUGAGCGUGUCGAAGCUGUGGUCACUGUGUCCAGUCGCAGUGUACAGAGGCUGAACACCAAUGGAUAUGGGCCUGACGGUGGACAGGGCUGCCUCUGCGGGGGAUCCGCCCCCUUCAGCCUGAUCCUCACCCUGAAGCGUGGGGAUAGAGUGGGCCUGAUCCUCACCUCCGGCAAGCUGGCACCCUCCGACUCCAGCGUGGUCCUCUCCACCUUCUCUGCCAUCUUCCUCUACCCUCCCCCAGUCAGCAGAUAGCCCCCCACCCGCCACCUCUCAGCUAGUGACCUGGGCAACCAAUCACAGAUGGGUAAACAAACACUAUGCAAUUUUAUUACUUGGAGGCAUAAUAUAUUUGGUCUUAAUCUAUAUUUGAAAAGUCUGCUCUAGUUUUUAAUUACCAAAUGUAAAAAUAUUUUGUUUACAUGAUUCUGUAAGGAUGGGGACUGUAAUCAUCCUCAUUUGGGGACCUACUGUAAUUAAAUGUUAUAGACCUUUCAUUUCAUUUCAGUUUCCUGACAUGUAAAGGUCCAUGUUUACAUUCUGUUCUUUCUUGGAAUAAUUACAAAUUACUAUGUUGAGGUGGGGGGGGGUGCCUUAAAUUGCAGAAAGGCAGAUUUAGAUGUUCCACCCUGUCCCAUUAUUUUACUGACCCCCCCCCAGCUCCAGUGCUAUCUGGUUGAAUGCUAGUGUUUAGUAAUGAAAUUACGUUCUUCAGCUAUUUGGUCAGUUUAAUGUGGUGCAGGCAAGUGGCACCACACAACAUGUAGAUACACCAAUCUGCGAAUGGAGACGAGUCAAAAAAUCAUUUAUUGCGCGUCUUGAGUUUGUAUUAACGAGGCAAGAGUUAUAAAGUGCACCAGUUUAAAAAAAAUAAAAUCACUAAAUAUUUAAGACAAGGAAACCCUGAUCCCGACAGUCUGAUGGAACCAUCACCCUGGGCUCUCAGAUGCAUCUUUUAACCACACAGAUUCAUAUCCUUCCUCCAAUCAAUUAUCUAGUACGGAGUCCCCAAGCGCCUGGAGUCUAUCCCAGGAAGUGUGAGCACCCGGGACGGGAUGCCAGUCCACACGCAUGCAAUGGCCAUGAACAGCCCGGGAGCAGAGCUCAGCUUGCUGGAGGUACGGGGUCACAGUGCCACCUACUGACUGGCUGCAGAACAGUACAGCCUCUGCAUUUCCUGGACUUGGGGCUUCAAAGAGGUGAAAGAUGCACAAGACAGCUGCACCCUACCUGCGAAGGGGUGGUGUGUGACUCAACAGGCCUGUAAUCAGGUUACUGCUUCAAAUCCUGUAACCAUUACAUUGACUUUUUUUUUGCCUUCAGGCUCUUAAAGCCAGUAGCUCCAGAGGCACUGGCUGACCUGGCUUUCUGACCCUUACAUGUGAUUGCUUCACAACAGGGAAGCUGAAAUGUGUGUAGCUUUGUGUGGGGAUAGUAGGGCUCAGCAGGAAAGGCUGACAUGCCUGUAACACAAAGGGCACCAGUUCAGAUCCUGUGGCCAGCAGACUUGAGUAAGACCCCCAACCCUGCUUUUUCAGUUGCACAUCGCUUUGUGAAUGUCUGCUGAAUGGAUUUUUAAAAAAUUAAAACAAAUUGCCCACAUCACG